ACCAUUGGCUGGAGGUGGGGUUAAUAUAUAAGAAAAGUCUCAGGUUUGACUUUUGCAGCGAACUAAACAGUCAUCUGGAUGCACUAAAACUGCCUGCGCCUCACCGUCAUGGACACCUGUAACAUUGUAGAAAACAUAUACCUACUGGCCAUUAUCACAGCGUUGAGCGUAUUUCAAAAUGUCUUCUUUGCCCUUAAACUGGAUAAGGAAUGCACAUCUGACAACACUCGCCCAACUGCGAUUGAAAGAGUAUCAUGCGCAAAUCGAAACUGCAUGGACUCAUACCCCACGUUUAUUGCAGUGAUGUGGUGCGCUGGAGUCUGCCUCAACCAAGCUCCAGCAGCCUUUGCGGGUCUCCUGUACCUUAUUGUGCGACAUAAGUACUUUAUUGGCUACAUGGGACAAACCUCCCAAAGCACCCCUGGCUACCUGUUUGGGAAGCGCAUUCUGAUUUUCCUGGCGCUCAUGUGCCUGGUUGGGGUCCUGAACUACCUACUCAUGCGCUUCUUUGGGAGCGACUACAGAGAGACAGUGGAGACCUUCACCAGUGCCGCCUCUGCUCUGCUCCUCAUCCCAUAGGUGGCAGCACCUGUCUAAUGAGGCACACUGUCAUAUGAAGUUUGUAAACUCAUGAAAUGAAUCAUGUGAAAUAAGAUUUAUUCUGAGAAAAUAAAUUUAGUUUUUACAAAACAAAA